UAAAGACAGAAAAAAGUUACGAGGUUAAAUAUCUGUUAUCUAGGUUCCGAAACAAGACAAGUUGUGAAGAGGAUGAUACUGAACCUUGUUGGAGUAACAGCCACAACCAUGGCUGUUCCUUCAUUGAUGUUGACAACAACGAGAAGAAAACCUAUAUGCUUGUGUGCUUCUUCAACCACCAUCAACACAGAAGACCUACGUUCUCAACUUGAUCAACUUCAUGCGGAAGCACACACCACAAGAACCAAAGCAAAUAGUGCUAGAUUGAGGCUAUUGAGAUUAUCAGAAUCAGCUGAGAAGCUUCAAAAACAAGCAGCUAUAAGUAUCCAGAAGGGGGAUGAAGAUUAUGCAAGGGACACGCUUCUUCAGAGGAAACAAGUGUUGCAGGCUUUGGAAAAAUCUAAAAUCCGCAUUGAGUUGCUUGACGAGCUUUCCGCAAAGCUAAGUGAGGCAAUAUCUUUGAAAGAAAGCCAGCUAGUUGGAAAUGUGACUAUGAAGAUUGAAGAUGCGACACAAGAUGAUUCGAGUCCAGUUCGAAUCAUUGCUCCAAAGGAGGAAGUUCUAGAAGAUUCUCUCAACGAUGAUUCUGACUCUAAUAAGAUGAAGUUCAACGAUAUUCAAGAUGUGCAAAUUUCUUUCGAAAGUCGAGAGAAUCCACUGGACGAUAAGGAGAUAGAUAAUCUUCUGAAAACCCUUAGCACUGAUGCUGGGAAAGAAAACAGCAUACCCAGCAGCUUGUCGAAAAUAUCCUCUUACGAGGACUUCAUGAAACAUAUAGAUCAAAAGCUUAGUGAGAUUGAAACUGAACUAGUUUCUGUUUUGAAUGUCUCGAUUUUAGUAUUGGAUAGUGAAGAGAGACCAAAGAAUUUCAGGUGGCAACAAACAACGGAACUCCUCGAGAGCAUCCAUGGCAUUAGAGAGAGAAUCAGAAGUUCCAAGGAAGCAAAAGUGAGGAUCUGAUCAAUUUUGCUUUGCUCGACGAAGCUUCUGCUGCCAAGUAGGAACUAACAUGAGUCAUAAAAUAAUCUGCCAUACUUUUCUCGGCAUCUAAAACUACUCUGUGGGAACGCGAAAGACACAUUGAGAUGCUUAUUGUUAGUUGAGUAUAAUGCAAAGAAGUGUCGAUGUAUUGGUUCGCUCCUAGUGGCCUAGUCCUUUAAACGCGAUCAUCUGUUUUGUCAUACAGGAUCAACAAAUAAUCCGUUACAAAAAUUGUUCCAAGUUACAUCAAGAAUCUAAA